CUUUCCCGAUAAGUUCAGAACAAAGAGAAUACCGAGCUUGAAUUCACAUGGAAGACUGAGAGGCAGAUAGAGCUUGAUGGAAGACUGAGAGGAAAAAUGGAAUUGGAAAAGGGAGUUCAGAGAUGGAUAGUUGACAUCUCAGUGUGGGAGCCAACUCCCCAGGCCUUUUCCUUCGCCAUGAAUUUUCUUCCGCAGCAUGAGCAUUCUUCCAUCACUAGAUUUGUCAAAGUGGGAGAUCGCAAACGAGCUCUAGUGAGCAGAUUGUUGCAGUAUUCUUUGGUACAUCAUGUAUUGGGAAUCCCAUACAAUGAGAUAUGUAUUAGGCGGACUGUUGAGGGAAAACCAUAUCUGGUACUUGGAAGUGAAGCUGUGGACUUCCCAAACUUCAACUUCAAUGUCUCUCAUCAAGGUGAUUAUGUUGCAAUAGCUUCUGAACCAAUGUGCCUCGUUGGGCUAGAUAUUGUUGACCAUUUCAUCCCUGAGAAAGAAUCGCCCAAUAAAUUUAUUCAAUGCUUCUCAGUCUACUUCUCAGGAUUGGAAUGGAAUAACAUUUUAAAUGCUGGAUCUGACAAUAAAAUGUUAGGGGAGCUUUAUAGAUACUGGAGUUUGAAGGAGGCAUUCGUUAAAGCCAUAGGUAAUGGUGUAGGGCAUAGAUUGGACGACGUUGAAUUUCAGCACACUUGUUGGGAGAAUAUUCUCGUCAGAGUUAAUGGGAGAGUACUAAAAGAUUGGAGAUUUUGGCUUUUUGACUUGGGAAAGAAUCACUUGGCUGCAAUUGCUAGGGGUCAUCCAAUGGAUGCUACCACAAGCUACCAGAAUAUAUUGAAGCGGGCAAUAUUUGAGGAGGAUGAAUACAAGCAAGGUCUUCAGCUUCCGAAUCCCGGAUUUGCAUUGCGAAAGAUGGAAGAGCUUUUUCCCAACCAUUGUGGACUAGUUAGAAUGCCUAUUGGUUUAGUGCAGAUAAGCGAUGAUGCAUCAGAGAAGAGUGAAGGAGAGAGCUCACAGGCGGCUCCUCUGUGGUCUGGAGUUUAGGGGUUAGUUAGAAUGCCUGAUGGUAUUUACUAUCCCGUCCACAUAGGCGGAGCUGGGUGCCAUGGUCGGCCCCAGCCCACCCGAAAUUAAAAAAAAGUGUUUACGUAUUAGUCUAAAAAAAUUAUGUUAACAUUUUUAUAAAAAUUCUUUGUAGCGACCCAGUGCGUUUUGCACCCCUGGCUACGCCACUGCCACUACCGUCUACUGAUUAAUACCGAGUAGAUUGUUUACUUGUGUGUUACAACAGUGAAUCAGUGACCUCGGGUCGUUACAUAGCCUGUGAGGUUAAUAAAUUACAGGGUGUACCUUGUCUUUAUAGUGUACGACAACAACAACAACAAAAACAUUGUCUUUAUAGUGUAAGAAUAUAUUUUCAUUUGGAUUGAAAAUCUCAA